GUCUGCUAUAGUUUUUCCUUCGUCAGCUAAAACGCUUCCGAAAAGAAUUAGCGAAAUUUUUUCUUCGUCUUGUACCGUUUUUAUAAUCGACGAUAUUUGUCGAUCAAACAGAGGCUAAAGUGAUAUAUUAUCUUGGAAUCAGUGAAAUUUUGACGUUUGGCCAUCGAAGAAUACAAAUAGCAAGAGGAAGCAUUAACAUCAAGUUCGACGAAAAUGGCUGGGGAGAAAACCAAUGGAUCUUACACCAAUAUCCCUUACAGUAAAUCUGGAGACCGCUCCCAAGAUGAGAUAUUGCUGCAGCCAUUCACCUACUUAUUGCAAGUACAGGGGAAGCAGAUACGAGUUAAACUAUCCCUUGCCUUCGACUACUGGCUUCAGAUCACUCCAGAAAAACUUAACAUCAUAAAUGAUGUUGUUCAAAUGUUGCACAAUGCUAGUCUUUUAGUUGAUGAUAUUGAAGAUAACUCCAUUCUCAGAAGGGGGAUUCCAGUUGCCCACUCCAUCUAUGGAGUAGCUUCAACCAUCAACUCUGCCAACUAUGUCUACUUCUUGGGUUUGGAAAAAGUUUUGGCCCUUAAUCAUCCACAGGCGACUGAAGUAUUCUGUGAACAAUUACUCGAACUUCACAGGGGGCAAGGAAUGGAAAUAUAUUGGAGGGACAGCUAUAUAUGUCCAACAGAAGAAGAAUAUAGACACAUGAUUGUGCGAAAAACAGGAGGCUUGUUUGGUUUGGCUGUUCGUCUGAUGCAACUCUUUAGUUCAAAUGCGGUCGAUAUGAACCCACUAAUGGCCAUCUUGGGACUGUACUUUCAGAUAAGAGAUGAUUACGCAAAUCUGAACUUGAAAGAGUAUGCGGAAAACAAGAGCUUUUGCGAAGAUUUGACUGAGGGAAAAUUUUCCUUUCCGGUGAUCCACGCUAUCCGAAGCCGACCUGACGAUCAACAGAUCAUCAAUAUCCUAAGGCAACGCACCAAAGAUAUGGACGUGAAAAGAUAUUGCGUAUCCCUUUUGGAGAAGUUUGGCUCGUUUGAAUACACGCGCCAGACGCUGAUCCAGUUGGAUCUGGACGCCCGACGGGAGAUUGAAAAGUUGGGUGGGAAUCCAAUCCUGGAGCGGGUGCUUGACGAGUUGAAAAACUGGUGA